AGCUCCCCCUCCCAGCCAUUGCGAUUUUGUUUACUUGGGCGCAUCCAGGUGGCUGGGCAACCGCCUUAUAUCAGCCUGGCAACUGCAAGCCCAUGCCGCCUUUUCGCCAUGUCCCGAAGUGAUUGCAUUCCAGUUAUCUCGCACGACACAACCCGUAUUGCACUAUUGUGGCCUCUCCCCCUCCCUCCCAGGAUCAAGCCCGACAAGACCACCAGACAAGACAAGGCACGCACGCUUGGCUCGCAAGCUUGACUGUCACCGCCACCAUCACCAUCACCGCCUUCAUUCCAGAGACCCGCCGCAGAUACAGACCGCUUAGACGCUCGGCCAGCAUUCCGUCGCCGCGAUAGUCACCACCACCAUCCUCCGCCACCCACCACACAAGCCAGCGCCGGCUCGAGCGCGAGCCCGUCGCCCAGCAUGGUCAAGCCAAACGACGUUAUUGCCAUCAUCGUCAUCAUCAUCUUCAUCAUCCUGGUCGGCAUCGCCUUUGGCAUCUACAGGCUAGUCAUGAUGGCGAGGAACAGCGUCACCGCCACCACCACGUCGAGCAGCGGCGAGACCUCAAUAGUCGACGACAAUUGACCGAGGCGGCGGCCCAGUCACGCUCUUCACCAUUUUCACGCCCGCGCCCACCUUGGCUGCUCAAGGCACGUCGCCUUAUGGGCCGCGCCCCGCCGGGGGCAGCAGGGCUUCCCCCCUCGGGGUGUUCCGGGUGCCGUUCUCCCAGUUGCGAGUUCGUCCCUCGGGCAGAACGCGGACGCACCACGACCCCGACGACGUCAUGACGAGUCGAAUAUUCUGAUCUAGAGACGUUUUCCAUCUCGGCCAUCUAUCUUUGCAUUUACCUUCGGACCAUGUAUCACUCCUCAUGUUUAUUUUUCCCUUUGCAUAUGGAUCACGGAAGCACGACAACACGAAUCAGUUGGGUCUGGAUGGAACAACAGUUAAUAUUGGACAUUUAGGUUCAGGAGUACCCCGGCGUAUUUGGGUUUGGCAAUAUUCUUUUCUCUAAAUAGCGGCAUUUUGGGCUCUUUUUGCUUGGAAAGGAUAUGAAAACGGAGCGCGUAUAUAGAUACCACAUAGCUUAGUUACUCUCGAUUGACAGUGUCGUCAAAGGCAUUCGAGUUGAUAUGAAUGCUUGAAGUACGGAAUUAUGACUGGCCCUUUGCUAUCACGUCCAUGGCCUGUAAACUGUCACUCUGACCAAAUCGAACAAGUCUUUAAACUGUAUAUAAACAAUUCGUCCCCAACAUUCUGCUUGCUAUCUAUAAAAGCAUCACUGUUCCGCGUCCAAUUUCUCACCAAAAGGACUUAAAUGCGUCA